UGAUGCAGUUUCUAAUGGGUCUAAAUGAAUCUUACACUGCUACUCGGGGACAAAUACUAUUGAUGAAUCCUCUCCCUUCAGUCCGCCAAGCCUAUUCCUCUGUUUGUCAAGAAGAAAAACAAAGACUUCUUAGUGCCACCAAUGCGAUUACAGAGACCAACUCAAGUGCUGCCAUGGCUGUACGAAGCAACAGGCCCAACAAUUCCACUGCUUCAACCGAAAUUGGAAGAACAGAUCAUACCUACAACAAUCCACAGGACAUGCGACGUUUUGACCAAGAUAAGCGUCGCUCAGGUUCUUUCAGAGGGCGGCCUCACUGCACCUAUUGUGGAGAGAUGGGUCAUUUUAUUGAGAGAUGUUAUCAACUGAACGGAUAUCCUCCGGGUCACCCAAAAGCAAGAUCGGGUUCUAACUCUAAAUCGAACCGUUUCAAGAAUGCUCCUGCAGCCAAUCAAGUUUCUGAGGGUUCAAGCCGAGAUGAAGGAAAGUCGGUGGUGACAACUGAAAUUUCUGAAGCUCAAAUACAGCAUCUUUUGUCUCUUCUCAAGGACAAAGAUGGAAAUACAAUUUCUCACGCAAAUGCGGCAGUAACCAAACCAGGAUCUGGAUACGAGGAAGAUGAUUGGUUUGGGUAAGCAGCGUGAUGGGCUAUACUACUUAGUGGCAUUAGCGACGAAGAAAACCACAAACAACCCUCAUUCAUCCUCACACACUCAACCAGCGUGCAACCUCACCACCUCAUCUACCGACCUCUGGCACAACCGUUUAGGCCAUGUUUCCCAUUCUCGUUUAAGUUUUAUUGCUAAGAACUUUUUGAAUGUUACAGUUCAGUCUAAUAAUGCUUGCCCUAU